GCCCAGACAGGGCGGGGCUCUACGGCUGUGGGGGAGAGUGGUGGUGGAGGCUUUCGGUUUCCAUGUGAAGGCGGGCUUCUUUUCGGGAGCCGCAGCGGCGGGGUGUCUGAAGGUGUAAGAAAUCCCUCGUUAAAACUUCGCUUGAGGAGUUUGUGGGUUAAAGUAUAUGGAAUUUAGAAUUAAACACACAUGGGAUGGUUUACCUGUGAGCCAUAACCUGGUUAUGAUUUGGCUGAGGCCAGACAAUGCAGGACUGCUAAUGGAAGUUCAUGGUCCCUUCUGUAAUGACCCUCAAGCACCACUUGGAGAGCCAGGGAAACCUUUUGAUAGGCUGUGGGACUAUGAGGGAAGAGCUAAUCUUACUAGAUUUGCCUUAUUUUUCUCCUAUAUCAAGAAAGAACUUCCUUUAGAGUUUGAGGUGACCGUAAUGAAAACCAAAUGGGAGGUCUUCCUUUCCUCUGUAAGUUGGUCAAGACUUGUAAAUUUUGGCUCCACUGGAGUGCGGAUAUGUCAUAAAGCAAGAUGUCAUUGCUCUUUCUCUGACAGCGGUUCCAGGCAGCAUAAGCUGAGGGAGUUUAAAAGUCAUUGUCUGGAAUUUUUCAAGGAUUUAGACAUGAAAGAAGUAAUAGGAGAAGACUGGAAGCAGCUGUGAUGGACUGAGAUGUUAUUAAUGUCUUAAACAUUGUCAAAAUCAUAGAAAGCCUUUUUGUCAAGCUGCAAGGAAGCAACUGCCUGUCUGCAACCACUGAAAUCACCCCCUCUUCCUCAAUAUGCUUCUUGACUGGAAUUUGGACUGUGAAGGGAAGCUUGAGAUAAGACUAUUGUCUAAUCAUCUCAGGUCUGAGGAGAAGUAAACAAGGCUCAGGGAAUCUGACCUGGCUGAGCUCAGUGGGUGGCAGAGGAGAACGGUUUGGGGAGUGUGAUGGCAAAAUCUCUCCACACGAAACAGAGUAAACUGCCCCCCCCCCCCGGAUGACCACGUACACACGGGGCAUUCACAUGAGAGGCAGCUGAGAAGGGGCCAUAAACAAUCAAAGACCCCCAAGGUAUCCCUCUCACCACCAAGAAGACCAGAAAAAUGGGACCUAUGGGAUGCUGCCCGAUUACAUGGAGUGGUGAUACAUUUUCUAUUUUUCUCUCUCUCACUCUCUUCUUGCCCUUGCCACCCUUUUUCUAUUUAUUUCUAUCUCUCUCUGUCUCAGAUUUACUGUUAAAUACACCAUUCUGAGCAGAGUUUUUUAAUAUCAGAUUAGUAAGGCUUUCCUUGACAAAAGUCAUCAAUCAGUCAAAAUCAACAGUAAAGUAUGUGACUCAGUUGAUUCUAAAUGAAUGAACAGCUCAUGUUUCAAUUCAUCUGGGUAUGGAGUUUUUCAUCUGUGCAAGAGAUAAAUCUAUUGCUACCAAUGACAGUGGAAAAAUAUGCUAAAAUUACAGCUGUGUUUUCAUGAGAGCUCUAAAGCCCGAUAAAGGCCAAUACCUGGCUUGAAAUCUUUUGGGUUCUGGUAGUUGCUGCAUUUCUACUGUAUUUUCACUGCUACUUUUUUGUUUCUUGACUGCUGAAUGACAUUCUUAUGUGCCUAAAUUUUCGAUUAAAAUCAGCAGAAAAAAUGCCUCCUUCAGGAACAGAGAGAAACGUAGCUUUCAUGGAUUUUGGUGGCCCAGUACUUGCACUGCAAGUAUAACACUACCCUUUCCUCUAUGUUCCUAUACUUGAUGUUUUCCCUAGCCUGGUGCCAAAGUGAGAACUUCAUCUGUAUUACAGACAUCUUGGCUUCAAAUUCAGUGUGGAGUUUCUAGUGAUACUUAGGUACAGAGGAUAGAUUUAGAAAAGGUUAUAUGAAUUUCAGGAAAAGUUUCUGGAACACAUAAUGUUCAGUAUAAAAUCUUUUGAUAGACUUGAGUGCCUACAAAUGAUGGUUCGUCCUGUUGUAGCAGGAUAGCCCACCCUGAUAAGGCCUAGAAUCUGAUCAGAGAAUGCAUGCAAUGCAAACCAUCACGCAAGGUAUCAUGCAAGUUCAACUGCUGGUGCCAGGUGCUGUCUUGGUAUUGAAUUAUGCCAAAACCAACCUGGUUCACCAGAUUUGGAAUCCUGCUUUUCUGAAGCAGAAUUUGACAGAUAAGCUAGUCUGCUUGCCUGUAAUCUGUGACUACCAGAGUAUAUAGUUAUAUAGUCUGGCACAACUAUAAAAGCCCGGUCCACCUUUCAUUUGUCAGACUCUUCCACACACUUCCUUGAAGUGUGGAGCUUCUCCCUGAAGCAGGGAUGCCUCUUCCUGGUUACUCCCUAGGGGUUAAAAGAUCUAUGUGCUAUCUCAUCUCUACCAAUCUCUACUUAAUGAUUGUUUCUUUUGUUAGCUUUGAUACAAUUGGUUUAAUAUAAUUGCUUUGUUACAGCUUUGUUACUUUAUGUUAUAUGAUACCCUAAUAGGAGAUUUUUAGCUUUUAUAUUGUGUAGUGUAUAAUUCUGAUUAUGAUCUUUCUUCUGUUCACUUAUCUGUUCAUUUGCAAUAAUAGAUAAUUCAUUUUAUAUAAAUAUAUCCAUUUUGCCAUUAUUAAAAACUUGCAGAACAAACUGUUUUAAU